AUGUCAAAGGCUUCGGGCUCCGAGGAUGAGCCGCUGGUGCCCGAUGAUUUCGAUGAUGAUUUCUACAAGGAACUGUGCGAAAAGAUACCGGAGGCCACAAAGGCCCUGCGGCAAAAGGACACUCCCAAUAAUGCCGACAAUGUCCAGCGCUUGCUUAUUUGUGGCACUCGGUACAAGAGCGACCUGCGCCUGGAGAAGGAGCGCAGCCAGGAGCUGCGUAGGGAGAUUGAGGGACUCGAGGCUCGCCUGGAGACGGCGGCGCGGGUGAGCAAAAUGGACAUGGCCACCAUUGAGGAGCUAAGAGGGGUCAUAGAGGGCGCUUGGAAGCAGAAAGAUGCUGCCCAGAUCCGGGAGCAAUCUGCCCAGGAUGAGGUCUUGAAUUUGCGUGAGAAACUCGACGAAUCGGAGCAGAUGGUGGCCCAUCUCAACGAGAAGCGUCUGGCGAUGAGCAAGCGGGACGAUGGCAAGGAGCGUGAACGCCUCACCGCCGAGAUAAACGAUCUCAACAAGCGCCUCAACCUGCAGCGAACCUAUGCCGCCGAGCUGGACAGCACCAUUGAGGGACUGGAGGCCAAGAACAAAGAGCUUCUCAAGCUAUUGGAUGAAACCUCCAGCGAUGCCAUCAACCUGAAACGCAAAGUCGACGCCCUGACCAAGGAGCUGUCCACGAUGAAGACCGAAGAGUCGCGCUACCAGGAGCAAAUAUCCCAAAUGAAGUCGGCCAACGAGAUCCUGACCAAGGUGAAGGUGCGUCAGAACCUGCAGAUUCUGUCCCUUAAGACGAAUCUCGAGCACCUGAACACCCAGCACAAUGCCACCAACAACAAGCUGGCCAAGAUCACCGUCGAUCUGGAGUACACGGUGCAGGAGAGGGACAAGAACAAGCGAGCCCUCAACCAACGCAUCAACCUGCUUAAAGUGCGCGAGGAUGAGCUGAUCAAGGUGCGACAGGACAAUAGCAAGCUGGCCAAGUCCCAGGAGACCAUAGCGCGCAAGUAUGCGGGCUUGGACGAGGCCAAGAGGGAGGUGGAGCAGGAGAACAUAAGACUCAAGACCCAACUGGGCACCCAGGACAAGGAGCUGGAGUCCAUGCGACGCGUGGUCCACCACUUUGAGAAGAACAACGAAAAUCUCACCAAGGAGCGGGACUCCCUCAGGCGGGAAGUCCAAGCGGAGCACCAGCAGUUGGAACAGACCACCGCCCUGCAUCAGGAGGCGCAGCACGAGGUGCGAGCCCUCAAGGACACCAUUAGCACCAUGGACAUUAAGUUGAAAAAGCUCAACGAGGAUGCCUGCAAGCUGAAGAAGGAGAAGACCAAGAAGCUGGAUGAGAUCCAGCACUGGAUAGACAAGCUGGAUGCCAUGCAAAACGAAAUCCACCUGAAGGAGAACUACGAGAUCGAACUGAAGCGCACCAUCAGCGAUUUGGAGGCCAAGUGCUCCAAGUUUCAGCAGCAGCACGAAGUCCUUGUCGGCGAGCGGCAGACUCUCCAGCGCAGUGUCCAGGUGGCCGACGAGGAUCGCCAGAAGUUGCGCGACCAGCUGGUGAACCUCCAGGCUCUCAUCGAGAAGCUCAAGGCGAAGAUCGGCUACCGCGACGCGGAGCUGUCCAAGGUCCAGCUGCAGAUCGAUCGCAUGGAGAAAGAGCGCCGCUUGCUGCGCAACGACAUCCGGCACGCCCAGCUGGGCCAGCAGCAUACCAAGGCCGAGCUGCUGGACAAGCGGAAGGAGAACGACCGGCAUGCCAAGUCGCUGCAGGAGGACGAGCUGAAGCUGGCCCGGCUGCGCAAGGAUGCGGACAAUCUGAUCAACGAGAAGAAUGCCAUCAGUGCGGUGCUGACCAAGCGGAACGAGGAGUACGAGCGGCUGAAGCACAGCCAGGAGAACCUGCAGACGGUGUACGAUCAGACCCAAAGGAAGUACACCCAGUGCCAGGAUGACAUGCGCCUCAUGGGCGUUGAGAUUAAGAAUUUGCGCACAGAGAGGGAUGUUUUGCGGGCGGACAGGGAGAGUGCGGCGGAUCUGCGCCAGGAACUGUUGCAGAUGCAUCGCAUGCUCAACCAGGAGCGAAUCAAGGCUCGGGCCCUGCAGGAUGAGAUGGUCACCCCCAUGAACGUACACCGCUGGCGUUUGCUGAGCGGCAAGGACCCCGAGAAGAUGGAUCUCCUCAGCCGGAUCAGUAUUCUGCGCAGGCAACUGCUGCAGCAGAACGUGGCCGCUUUGGAGCAGGAGCGGGCCCUCAACGAGGCCCAGCAGCUGUACGCGGCUCUCAAGGAGUUUAUGCUGAAGCUGCCCAGUCACAAGGUGCGGGCGGAGCUCAACAGCGUUAAGGCCAACCUAUCCGCCAAGGAUCGCAAGCUCAAGGUCCUGAAGGCGGAGCUCAGUGCCAGGGAGGCGGAGGAGAAGUCCAAAAAGGAGAAGCUGGAGGAGAUGCGUGUCAGUCUGGCCAUAACCAAGACCCAGUUGCUGGAGGAGAAGAAGCACAAGCAGAAACUCCUGGAAGAGCGGCACUUGCUGGAGCAGAUGCACUGCUUCUCGGCCCCUGCCCAGCUACCCAGGACCCUGGGCGCCGGCUUUAAGAUGGUCAGUAAUUUGCUGUAAGAGAAGUGGUAUUACGUAUUCCUACUCCCAUUAUAAGAGAUUCUUCGGGUAAUAAAAGGUAUAUUUUAAUGCCUUCGUAGUAAAAAAU